AUGUCGACUCCAGAACCCAAAGCACGGCCUGACGGACAGUUUGAUCCACGCGACAUUCAAGCGAAGAAUGUGGCAGGCAGCACGGCUGGUGCGGGAAGCGGUGAUUUUCAUGUUUACAGGCAUCAACGGCGCGUAGAAGUAGCGCGCAUUGCGAACAUGGAAAGGGAAGCCCUGGAGAAGGAGGAACAGGGCAAGGCAUUUCGCGCCGCUGAGGAGAGGCGAUUGAAAGAAAUCAAUAAAACUCUGAAGCGCGCAUCAAAGAGACGUCGCAAAAAGGAGCUUAAACACAAUCGCAAGAGGAUUCGCCCGGCUGUUGAGGCUGUUCAGCCUGGUGUGAUUGUCGGUGACCAUCCCACAGAUGCAAUCAACGAAAACGCGGCAAUCGAAGAGAGCCCAGACGAAAAGGCAGAAGUAGAGAGCCCAUCACCCGGGAUCAAACAACGUCGUGCACCAAUUCCAAACACAACGCAGGUGGAGGAAAAUGGAGACACGGCGAAUCUCGAGGCCCUAGAUGAAACCUCACCUUUUAUCGAAGAGAAACAUUCUUCUUGAACGAGAAUAGGGAAGGGAGUUUGCAAGACUUGAUUCCACCUCUUCGCGUACUCUAGAUUUUGAACUCGAGUUGUCGCACCUUUAGAAUAACAUCAGACAAACCGGAGUUUCGGACGUCAGGGACCUCAAUGUUUCAGGGGCAUAAAGCCGUGAUAUUUCCCAAAUCUGUCAAUCAGAUUUUGACAUUUCGCUACAACAGCGACUUGGGCUGGAAACUCUCCACGCGACAACCACUGAGCAGAGAAGCGGGUAUCGGUAUGCACGCUUCGGUCGGCGUGAAUAGGGGCGACGAGGGGGUUGUUUGCUGGGUCCCUGGGGCGGCGUUUCUGCCCUCCCAACCUCAUUGGAUGCGCAAGCGUCUAUUUUCAUGCACCCCCCUCCGAGCUCGGAACCUGGCCAAAACCAGAAGACCGGUUUUCGUCACCAUGAACGCCGAGAAAGGAAAGUCAGAACCAGAAGAAGGCGAUGGUGAGAGUGAGAACCCACGUGACUGGGAUUCGUCAUGGAAAGAGUUUGAGGAGCGUAAGACGAGUAAUGGUGGCGUGUUUAAGCUUCCUCCGGACGACUAUCAGCAGAAGCAGGCGAAGUUUGAAGGCGAGCAAGUGGAGAGACUUACAUCGGCAUGGAGCAACGAUAAAGGUUUCCUUAUUGGUGCUGGAAUAAUCGGUUUUAUAGCGUUGUUCUACGGAUACGUUUUCGCAACGGGCGGAAUUUCUCAUUCAUAAGGGCAUUUGAGUGUACAAACACUGAGAGUGAAGAUAACCCGGCUCACAUUUCCAGAAGAGAGCCAUUACGCAUGGAAGAGAGUUGAAACGUUGGUGUUUUCAAAAGCUGUGUUGGCAGGGGCCCGCACAACACAUGUGUUACGAGUAGAAGAGAAUAAAGCGGUUUCUGAAGCCGGACUGGCCGCAG